GCUCUCGUCUGCUCUGGCUCUGUUGGCCUUAUCUGGAUGGUCAGCAGUCUGAUGUGGGCGGCCAUGCAACGUAAAAUCCUUCUACAUUUGACAGCCCCAUGGGCCGGGAUGGGGUGGAACUUGGAGUCUCGGAGAUAUGAAUCUCGGAUCCGCGGGCUAGCAUCACUCUUUGAGGAUGAGAUUCUCAGAGACAUCGCUUCUUAUGCCUGGUACUGUCUGCUUCACCUGGUCAUGUACCUUGAUUUUGUCAAGAGCGAUAUACCUCUUGGAUCACCGACUCAGCAAGCAAUCAUUAUUUGCUUGAUCCCAGUUGCUAUACCCUACAGAUUCUACCUUGAGUGGCCGGUCCUCACAAAGGGACUCAUCCUAUGGUGGGCACAGAUCUGGCUUCGGCACAUAUUCUGGUCCUUCUCAGGUAUGAUA